AUGGAAGGCGUAGCAAUGUCGCAGGCGUACCUGCGCUCACUGGGUCAUCCAUGUCCUAUGUACAGCUCAAGAUCUUCCUCACAACCCUCACCUCCCUCCUAUGCCUGGUCCGCUUCCACGAACCUUCCUCGCGCAAACUCAAAUACUCAAAUCCCUCCCCCCUACUCAAAAUGA